UGGAAAAGCUUCCCAUAAAGGCGAACGGUGAGCGUUACUUCUACAUCAGCGGAAUGGUGCUAAAUGUCUUAUACACAGAAUUGCUCAGAUAAACCGGAUAAAUAACAUAUAAAACGAUUUAUCUUGCAGGUAAGUUACUCAGACGGACAAGACGGCGUCAAAGGAAGGGAGUACCAUCGUUCUGCUGGAUUUAUACUCUCACUGGAACACAGUCUUCACUUGGACUUGACAGUGUUUCAGUCUGUGUGCUGCUGCUUGCUGAGCGGUUGCCAUGGUAACGGGCGGCCCUGGAGUCGGAGCUGAGCAGUUUGCAGCACCGUGCUGAACGGAUGUGGUGUCCAUUAAGAAGUUUCAUUAUUGGAGUGGACAGCUUUGAUGCAGCACAGUGCUGAAGACAGGCCAAGAUGACGGAAGAGGUGAUCGUUAUUGCCAAGUUCGAUUACAUGGCCCAGCAGGACCAGGAGCUGGACAUUAAGAAGAACGAGCGGCUCUGGCUGCUGGACGAUUCGAAGUCCUGGUGGCGCGUCCGCAACGCCACCAACAAAACCGGCUUCGUCCCGUCCAACUACGUGGAGCGGAAAAACAGCGCCAGGAAAGCCUCGAUCGUCAAGAACCUCAAAGACACCCUAGGGAUCGGGAAGGUGAAACGGAAAACGGGAAUGAGGGAUACGGCAUCAAACGCAGAGGCGGACUUUUACCCGGACAACGGGGAGAGGCUGUACGACCUGAACCUGCCGGCGCUGGUGAAGUUUAACUACACUGCCGAGCGGGAGGACGAGCUGUCUCUGGUCAAGGGCACCAGGGUCAUCGUCAUGGAAAAGUGCAGUGAUGGCUGGUGGAGAGGCAGCUACAGCGGGCGCUCCGGCUGGUUCCCCUCCAACUACGUGACGGAAGACGCGGAUGGCUCGGCCAGCAACGAUAUGAUGGGCUUGUCGGAGAAGCUGGCCGCCGUGGUGCACAGCGCAAACGGCAAUCGGGUGCUCCAUACGGUUCAGGCUCUGUAUCCGUUCAGCUCGGCCAACGACGAGGAGCUGAACUUUGAGAAAGGGGAGAUGAUGGACGUCCUGGAGAAGCCGGAAAACGACCCAGAGUGGUGGAAGUGCCGCAAAGCUGAUGGGCAGGUCGGGCUCGUGCCCAAGAACUACGUCACCAUACUGCAAGAGUCGCAGAAUUCGGGGAGCAUGGCCGGACCCCCUACGCCCGACUUUGACUACAUCGAGCCUUCUGGAAGUGGGCGCUUCGCGGGUAAGGAGUGGUACUAUGGCAAAGUGACCCGGCACCAGGCAGAGAUGGCGCUCAACCAGAGGGGCACCGAGGGAGACUUCCUCAUCAGAGACAGCGAGUCCUCGCCCAACGAUUUCUCCAUAUCACUGAAGGCCCAGACCAAAAACAAGCAUUUCAAAGUGCAGUUGAAGGACAACCUGUAUUGCAUCGGACAACGCAAGUUCGGCUCCAUGGAGGAGCUGGUGGAACACUACAAAAAGGCGCCGAUCUUCACCAGCGAGCAGGGUGACAAACUGUACCUGAUCAAGGCCCUGGCUGCCUCCUGAUCCAGAACGUGACCCGCAUUGGAAAUCUAGAACCACAUGGCAGGACUGAGAGACUCGAGAGGAAAUUGGAGCAUUCCAACUGUGGAGAGGAAGGGUUAAAGGGGGUGGGGGAGCGACGGACGGUUUUGGACUCCCGUGUUUAUGCUCAGAGACAGCUUCACGGUUGGACGUGUAUCAAAAUACAGUUGUUUAGGGCCUAGGUGAUGUAUUUUGCUGUUAACAUGUAUUAGAAUUACAACUUAGGUUUUCUCUUCUUAAUAUAUAUCUUUUUUUUGUUUGUUUGUUUGUUUGUUUUUUUGGACAGCUUCUUUCAGUAAUCGUGUCGUCGGGUCACUACUCAUCACCCGUUCGUCGAAUUUCGGAAAAAAACCGAUAAACCGUGCUGCACGUUUCCAUGAUUCUAUACGUUUUUUCCGAAUCGCUCAAAUGACGCAACAUAGCGAGCCGAUUUAACAUGCGAUAUUUAUAGGGAUCCAACAUUUCUGCAGAAUAAAAGUGGGCGGCCAGAGCGUAUCGAGGUUUUAGCAGCGUUUCUUUUUUUUUCUUUCUUUCGAUCUCUCUUUCUCGAAAUCCAGCUCAGUGUUUACAAAGAAUAUCAGAAGAACGCAGGCGCUUGCAGCUUAACAGGAUGUAGGGUUCUUCCUGUCCUCGUGGGGACAGGAAACUGUUCUAUAUUUAAAAGGUCCAUCCCUUUUUGAGUGACGGACGUUUCCCGAGCAUGCUAGAGUCGUGCGCUGGGAUGCAGGUGACCCGAACCGGACUCCUGACCUUGAUUCCGUAUGCAGAUUGGACCGUCUGCGAUCUUUUUAAAAAAUAAAAUAAAAUAAAUUUUAAGUUUGGUGCAACUUUUUUUUUUUUUCGUGGCCGUACGUGUGUGUACGUUCGUCUUGCUGGCUGUCGACGUGGAAAGCGUCUGAUUGGCAGACGCCAUCGUACGGUCCGUACUCGAGUUUUCCGAAAUACUUCCGCAAUCAUCAUCCGCCAUCCUUUUAGUGCAUUUUAUUAUUUUUUUUUUAUAAAAGAUUUCAGUGUCGUAUCUCGAGCGGCGACGUUCUUGCUCGGACGUACGGAGGUUUCCUGGCGUUCCGAUCUCACCGUGUUUUCCGAGCGCUAUCCGAUGAUGAUCGCAUUGUUAAUGCGGGGUGUUGGACAGAGCCAAAUCUUCCCUCGCGGGAGUUUCAGGAUUCAUCUUGCGGUCGUAAACGAGGCCGUUUUCAUUCUCGCGCUUGGCGAACCAGGUGUUUUACAUGUGCUGUAGGUGUUCUAGGUAUUGCUUCGGAGCUUCCCCAGGUGUGUGCACGAGCCCCUGGAAUACGUUCGUGGCGUCUGUUGUUUACACCAGGCUGCGUGAGAAACGGGGCAGGUUUAAUGGCGCCGGUGGUGGUGUGUACAAGCCGAGCACACCGUAAAGGGAUGUCGAGAGCUGUUGUAUCGGAAGCACAGACUGGCUUAGGGCCAUACAUGGUCGUGCGUCUAGUUCCUGUUGUUGUUGUUUUGUGUUUAGUAAACUGUUCGAGGAUGGUUAAGACGUUAAGGGGAUUGAUAUUUAAAACCACAGCGAAUAAUAGGAUGUUUUUUUUCUAACAAGGUUAGGGGUUGGAGCUCACCGAGGCCUUCUUCCUGGGGAACAUCAGCACUCGCUGAUGACUUCCCCAGCUGUGGGGAGUUGGAUCUGUGGAAGGAGUGAGAAAUGGGGGAUUUUUUCAUUAUGGAAAAAGUGCUCACAUAGGCGAGCAGAGAUCUGAGUCAAGCGAGGGGUGAACCCGAGGUUCGCAGUGAAAUCUGAUCUGGUAUAUCGUUCCAAAAAAAAAAAAAAGGCCCAAGGCCUAAAGGUUGGGAAUGAAGCAGAUGGUGGUGCAGGUGGUCGUGGGGUUUUUUUUCUUUUUUUUUUUUUUUUUUCUUUUUUUUCUUCUUCUUCUCUAUUUGUCAGUUUUUUUGUUUAGUUUUUUUUUUUUUAAAGAAAAAAAAAGAAUCCAGAAAAGAAAAAAAAAAAGUGCCUUUAUUGCUGCUGCUCCGAACCAAAAAGGCUUAGCGUUCCUCCGAGUGUCUGCCGUUUCCUUCUCGCAGCCGUCCACACCUUCUGUUAUUUGAGUAUGGCUUUGCAUGUGUGUAAUCCGUCUCCGGUGCGAUUCUCGGCGUCCGACUCCUUCCCUGUUCCCCGGUCGUGCGCCGCGGCGUUCAUGCGACACGUAUCUGAGAACCUGGCUCGUCUGCAUGGUCUGAAGUGACCUUAUUUUACAGCUCUGAGCUCACUCGCCACGGUCAGCUGUUCUUCUUCAGCGGCCGCGCUCGUGCUUAGGACGGCAUCGAUGUACAGUUUUAUUUAUAAAGCGGGAGCGUCGGACGGUCCGUCGUUCAUGGGGUUUUUCCGUUCCUUCUGUAGUCGUUAACGAAUCACUCGGUCGUCUGAUCUUGUCCGAAAGGAUCUUCGACACUGACCGGAUUUUAUUCUCCUUUUUUUUUUUUUUUUUUUUUUUUUCUUCCUUUUUCUUUUUUCAAUGCUGUCUAAUCUACUAACAUGCAAGAAAUAAAGACGUGUAGAAGAGGCGGAGCCUCGCGAGGUAAAGCCGUGGGCGUUUCGACGAGGGAGAGAUUUACAGACAGAGUCUUCAUUUCCGUCUCGUUUUCAUCGCGAUGUACGAUAUUUCAUGCUCGAUUUGAUUUGCUUGCCAACACGCGAGGCGCGAGAAUUGUGACGAUUACAGAUCACUUAUCGCACUUCACACAGUGUUGCUGCUCUAGAUCAGAUUUCGGCUCUUGUAUACUAAAUACCAAUACGGUUGCAUGGACAGGAGGCUGUUUUCUUUGGGGUGGGGGAGGGGGGGGAGGGGGCAACUGGUCAGAUUAUGUUUUAAUUUAAAUAAAUCUCCGCACUAGGACUUUCUUUACGGUGCGAAAUGUGAUAUUUUUUACUAAAUUAACAUUAUCCUGAUAAACCGCAGGUUCCCAACCUCGCCUAGCUGAUCUCGAACAGUCCCCUCUGUAAACGAAAACGCCGCGAUGUAAAUCGGAAAGCCGUAGCGUUUAGAGAAGGCGGUUCUUCCCGACCCCUGAACCCACGGUCUGUUCGAGGAGGCGAUUGAGAGACGAUGCUGUGAAAAAUCAUUGUACUUAUACUGUAUGCUCACUAUCUACAUGGACUCGUCUUCAUAUCUAAUAGAAGUUUAUUAGACUGUGCAAAGGAAGUAAUAAAGUACAUAAACCAAA